AAACAUCAUGAUCAGCUGCUUCACAAAACGUGCUUUUUACUGCACUAAAACCGAAAAAUGUUUAAUAGAUAAUCUACAAAUCUACAAAUUAUUCUUCCCCAAGUGAUGGCGGCAAAGUGUACUUUAUUUGCUUUUAGCCUUAAACCGAAGAAGAAAACUCCACCGGAACUAUCGCAAACACUGCCACUGCCGGUCGUUGAUGCUGCAUCCGGCGAGCCCUUGCCGAUAGAAGCCAUCUUUACGGGAUACACAAUUGAUGUCGUAAAUCCCGUCGAUAUACGGCUGCUAUGCUUAAAUGGAGGUUUCGGGCAGGGCAUGUUGUCUCGCGCAUUCCCGGUUUGCAUGACAAACGCGCGAGACGCGACACGCAAAAGGAAACGGCAUCUGCCCGCAUCGACGCAAGACCCGAGUGCUGGGAUGAUCGAGGAACCGCUCUGCUUAUUUUUAGAGGAAGCCUUCUUCCUGAUGCAUAUGUUGAACAUGUUGUGCCUUAAAGACACGCGCGGGAACACGAUCAGCGUUGCGCAGGCAUUUGCUAAGUUCCGGACAGUGAAGCGCAACUUCCUGGCGUGCUACUGUGCCUAUUUGUAUCUGAAGUCGAAAAAUUGGAUCAUUAAAAGUGGAAUCAAGUUUGGAGGCGAUUUCGUGAUUUACGUAAAAGGACCACAGUUUUAUCAUGCGUCCUACAUCGUACUAAUACAGGAAGUGUUCGAUGGCGCAGAGAUGCAAUCUUCCGCAAUCGAUGGAUUAGAUUUUCAAGGAUUUAAUCGUAUCGCGGAAACCACCGGAAAGGAUUUACUGUUCCUAGAGGUGCACUAUCCCUCCGCCCUUGAUCUGUCGGACGAUGCGGCCUGUUUGGAGCGGGUAAAAGACGUGCACGUUGCCGAAACGUUUACAAAGCAUCAUAAUUAUCUGGCAGCACGCAAUCAAGUUUAAAAUCGAAUCUCUUUCUCAUGAAACAAACCCUCAAAUCAUCAAACAUUGUAUUUUAUAGGGUUUAACACUUUAUCUUAAGACCGCGGGACCGCUUUUCGUGUCUGCUCGUCCAAUUUUUCCUCCAUUCUGGAUAGCUUAAGGUUACCCAUUUUUACCUCCCGCUCCAACGACCCAAUCCGCUCCUCCAUGGUUUGUAAAAGGGCCGCCAUACAGUCAAUCGAAGAGGACACUGGAUAAAAUAAACGCAUAAACGUUCCUCAUCGAUGUUAGUCGUACGUUUGAUGUCCUAAGCGGUCAUACAAAUGUACGACCUACUGAAGUAUCGAGCGGGAAGAUGUAUUCUAUACCAGCUAGGGGUUGCUGGGGGAUUAUGCUCCGACCGGCUCCAGACAAUUUCGGAGCCGGCUCCGCACCAACGGCUCCGCUUCAACGGCUCCGGAGCCGGCUCCGCUCCGACCAAAAGAACUUUUUCAAUGAAGUUUCAAUCGAAGAAAUCUGUAAAUAGCAGAGUACGUCGUGUUUAAAAUAAUUUAUCAAAAAAAAAAACAUCGAUUAGUUUUGAAUAUUGUUAAGAAAGAAGAGACUAACGAAUGCUACACAACCAACGUCAAUACUGCAAUCAUAUCGUGUGUUAACUUCCCACACAUAAGAGAAUAUAAACUCGUUUUUUUAUUACGCUAUCAUACAAUGAUGUCUCUAUUGAACCGUUAGUGCGGAGCCGUUGGUCCGGAGCCGUUGUUUCGUCGCCGGCUCCGGAACAACGGUGGGUCGUCGCCGGCUCCGCAGCCAUUGGAACGGAGCCCGUGAGUGCAGAGUGCUUUUUCUUUCACACUAAAUCUCUGACUUGGAGCGUCGGCGUUCCGAUUGAACCAUCGCGACUUUGAUCAGUGCGCGCGGUUGAAACGACCUUUUGUAUUGUGUUGUAAGUAGCGUGCGCGCCAAAAUUUUAAGAGCGCGCGGAGAGUGAAUGUGUUUUUUUUGGGGGUGGGGGAAUGCGAUACAGAGACAAAUAUUUCGCUGCACAUUAACACAUAUGUGUUAUGUAUAUACAUUGUAUGUAUGUACAUACGUAUACAUAUGUAUAUACAUUCUCACUGCACGGGUUGAGCUGCGAAUACUCAGUUCUGAGAGAAUAUACUCGAGCGCUCGCGCAUGAGUGCAAGCGAGCGUGGUAUAGAGGAUAGAGGGAGACAAACGAUUAUUUUGCUCCAAGCUUGCUACUU